GCCCUCGACGAGGUCCUGAAGAAAGAUGGCGUCCCCCGUGGUGGAGAAAGCGGGGCGCCUGGUCCGGCAGCUCCGUGGCUCUCGGAAGCUCUGGCUACCCGGGCUGACUCAAGUCAGAUGGACCCGAUACAAUCCUACAUAUAUUGAUCCAGAAGUGAAUAAAGAAAGUUAUCGUAAAUCUCCAGAGAAAAUGUCAGAGGAGGAAAAAAAUGAACGGCAGUUGAAAACAAUCCAGCCGGUAAAAGCCACCGAAUCCAGCAUCACCAGUUCUGUGUUUUAUGAUCCCGGGAUAAGCAGAUUUAUUAACAUGAUGAUGAAAGGAGGUGAUAAACUUUUGGCCCGUACCAUCAUGAAUCAGACUUUAGAGGCCAUUAAGAGGAAGCAACUUGCGAAAUAUCAUGAAGCAGAUGAGGAAAUGAAAGAAAAAAUUGAGUGCAACCCUUACAAAAUCUUCCAUCAAGCAAUUGAAAACUGUCAACCUGUAAUUGGGCUUGCAGGUAUCAUAAGAGGAGGUAAAAAGUAUCAGGUACCAACUCCUUUAAAGAUCAGUCGGCGGAGAUUCUUAGCCAUGAAGUGGAUGAUUACAGAAUGCAGAGAAAACAAGCAUAGGCGAACAUUAAUGCCUGAAAAGCUCUCAAAUGAGCUGCUGGAAGCCUCCAACAAUAACGGCAACGUGAUUAAAAAAAAACAUGAGUUGCACAAAAUGGCAGAAGCUAACCGAGCCUUUGCUCAUUAUCGUUGGGGGUAAAGAAUGUGUUGUUGGAUCCAGUGCUUGAUGACUUAAGGCUUUUGCUGCCAGAAAAGACAAUGUUUUGUUGUUUUCAUUCCAUGUGCUUUUCUUUGCAAAGCACUAGUCUGAGCAGAAAAUUGCCUGCUUCUCAAUCAACUCUCAUCAAAGAAUAUGAGCUGAAGAAAAUAAGUGUCCCCCUUUACAAAGCUCAGAGAGAGACCAGUUUUGAGUAUGUCAUGGCUCAAGUGAUAUCAUCAAUACAAAUCAUUGUUUAUUUCCAAUGCUUGUGUUCAUCAAUUUCCAAACAAGCAAGUGAUUGAAAGCGAUCAGAGCUGAAAAAUAGUAAAAAUGCAAACUUCUUUCCGAUUUGUCCCUGUAUAUCUGGUGAAGAAAAACCUUAAUAUUGUAAGUUUUUGCGGAAAAUAACAUGAAUGACAGAUCAGUAGAAUGAAUAUUUGUCACUGUUUACAUAUAUUGUAUGUUAUCUUAUUGGCAAAAAUAAAUGAUACAAUUUUUAUCCUUAAAA